AUGGCGACACUCACUUUCCUUUCCAUUCUUGCUUUCCUCAUCUUAUCAUCAUCAUCAUCAUCCUCUUCCAUUUCACAAUCAGAAGAACAGCAGACUCCUUCAUAUCUUCAGUUCGUCCUCAACGCAACCCAAUUCCCCGCCAAAGAAUCCUACGAUUACAUCAUCGUCGGCGGCGGCACCGCCGGCUGUCCUCUCGCCGCCACAUUAUCCAAAUGUUUCAAUGUUCUUUUACUAGAAAGAGGUGGAAUUCCUUACGGCAGACCAGAUUUAAUGAAUCAAGAAGGGUUCUUGACAAGUCUAAUCGACGUAGAUUCCCUUUCUUCCCCAACCGAAGCUUUCAUUUCAGAAGACGGCGUUCCAAACGCCCGUGGUCGUGUUCUUGGCGGCAGCAGCGCAAUCAAUGCAGGUUUCUACAGUCGGGCCGAUCAAGAAUUCUAUAAAAAAUCAGGUAUCAAAUGGAAUUAUAGAUUAGUUAAUCAAUCCUAUAAAUGGGUUGAAAAGGAAAUCGUUUUCAAACCACAACUCAAAAACUGGCAAUCUGCAAUUAGAGAUGCUUUAAUAGAAUCCGGCGUUCGUCCAUAUAAUGGGUUUUCAUUAAAUCACAUUCCGGGAACUAAAAUCGGCGGUUCAACCUUCGACGGCGCCGGUAACCGCCGCAGCGCGGCCGAUCUCCUCUCAUACUCAAAUGGGUCUAACAUAAAAGUCGCCAUACAUGCAUAUGUUGAAAGAAUUUUACUCACCGGAGAUUCUUCAUCUUCUCCGACGGCAGCGAUCGGAGUUAUUUACAGAGACGAAAUCGGCGGUUAUCACCGCGCCAUGGUUACCGGUAAAGGUGAAGUUAUCCUCGCCGCCGGCGCUCUGGGUAGUCCACAAUUACUUCUCUUAAGUGGAAUCGGACCACGGCCGUACUUAUCAUCGAUGGGUAUUCCGGUGACCGUACAUUCACCUUCCGUCGGACAAUACUUAUACGAUAACCCAAGAAAUGGAAUUUCAUUCGUGCCCCCAUUUCCAUUAGAACAUUCAUUGAUCCAGGUCGUCGGAAUUACAGAUUCCGGCGCGUAUAUUGAAGCGGCUUCAAACAUAAUCCCAUUUUCUACGGUACCCAUGUAUUUCACAGUGGCAACUUUAAUGGAGAAGAUCAUUGGCCCAAACUCAGUUGGGUCUUUAAGAUUAGCUUCGACAGAUGUUAGAACAAACCCAUUAGUUAGAUUCAAUUACUUGAGUCAUCCGAUUGAUUUGGCAAGAUGUAUAAAUGGAACAAGGAAGAUUGGUGAGGUUCUUAAGAGUAGUGCAAUGGAGGGUUUUAAGUUUGAUGAGGUUUAUGGUCGGAGAGAUUUCCGUUAUGUGGGUCCUUCAUUGCCGGAGAAUUUGACGAGUGAUCGGGAAAUGGGACAGUUUUGUCGGAGGACGGUUGGUACGAUUUGGCAUUAUCAUGGUGGAUGUGUUGUGAAGAAAGUGGUUGAUAGGAAUUUGAAGGUUAUUCAAGUUCAAUCUUUAAGAGUCGUGGAUGGUUCUGUUUUUUCAGUUUCUCCGGGAACUAAUCCUCAGGCUACUUUGAUGAUGAUGGGCAGGUAAAUUACUAUUUUACCCUUUCAAAUUUUUUUUCUAAAAAAGUUGA